GUAUUUUCUUUUGCCCAACAGUGAGCAGACGAAACGCUCUCUUCUGGAACUCAUAUGCAGCGUUGCUGAGCAGCUGGUUACCUUGAAGAAUGACCUCUGGCAGCAUCCAAUUGUGCUACGAUGGAUCCUACAACUGCUCGAACUGUCAGAGCCGACUGAGGACCUGUCCAGGAGGCUUAUGGCUAGCGGUGCCAUGUCUGCUCUUGCACAAGUUGUUGUUUCAGCAUACCAGUCUGGUGGUUCCAUUGUGUCGUUCUGGUGGGCACUUGUCAACUUCCUUCAGGACGAUGAGUCUGGCGUGAGGGACGGUGGUGUGAAGGCUGUCACCAAGCUUGUCACGCUGCUGAAUGAGCCAGGGCUUCCUGCCAGCUCACUUUUGGAGAAGACCCCGCUUCAUCUGGCCCUGUGCCUUUUUUCAUGUCUCUGCGAGCCAGCUCUUGCUGUGCCCAGUCUGGUCAGCUGGAUGCUGGCUAGCCAGAUGCCGGCUGUGGACGCUGAGAAUGAUGAACAACCAUUUGACAAAGGGGAAUUGAACACCUUUGCUGAGGAAGUUUUCCUGACCGACAUCUGUGCCGACCUGUUGUCUAGUGCAACAUGCGAGUUGGCCACAACCACGGUGUUUGCUUCUACGGACUUCUUUGAUGUAUGCUUUGAAGAAGAGGAAAUGGGACCAAUCAUGUUGAGCAUUGAUGAUCUGUAUCGGUACAGCAUUCGCAACAUCCACCGGGAUGGAUCUGAGGCUGUCGGUAACUGGGCAGCGUUGCUCUUGAACCGCCACGUAGAUCCUGUGUUGAUUCGUGUCUACCAAAACGUCCGUGUGGCUGUUGCUUUGAAAAGUAGGGUCAGUAAGGAGGAAGUUGAUGGUUCCUCACAAGUUGUGUCGAGCGUCCUGACUGCCUUUAAAGCAAGCGGAAGCCGAACUCUGUUUAUCUCCAAGAUUGUUGAACAACUGAGGUGCCUACUAGAAAAAUAAUGUGCUUAGAUUGUGUGAAAUGUCUUCUGGACAUUGGUUGACCAUUGUCUUGGCACUGACCAACCAGGGUCGUGUCAACAGCUUUGGCUUGUGUUUUGCAAGAUUCUGUUGUGUGUUCAGAACCUUGCAAUUCUCAAGAUCGGCUGGUAAAUUAUUAGUUGCUUUCGGCGCUCGACUGAAUCUGGAAACAGUGUAAGCACUUUGUGUACGUCACCCGGACACUUUCCUUCCGUUUUCACCUUUCCUUGUGCAAUGCCUAUUGGUACAUAAUUGGAAGGAGCGGCUUUCACGUUGCUUGUGGUAGCUUCUGCAGAGGAUGUGUUCUUUUAUGGCCUGUUGAAGUUGUAUACCAAAGAGUUCACUUAUUGAAUUUGGUUGAAGUUGGAAGAAAGUUUUGUGCUCAAACAUCUGACACUAAAUGGUUUAAUGCUGCGGUUCUUUAUUGGAUGUACCAAAAGCUGAUGUUCUUUGGAAGAAGUGUUUACAAAGGACAGGAAUUUGAAGAGCAAAAUCAGCUGCUACCAGUGUUCUCUAUUUAUUGCUCACAUCAUUACUUCAAAUAAAUUCACUUGCACUAGGACAUUUGGCCUAGUUUAUUUCUAAUCUUCAAAAUUUUUUAUGAGCUUCUGACUGUGGUAUUACCGGCUUCUAGUCCGUUACCCUACGGUGACACAAAACUUUUCUUUGACAUCUGUAGGGCAGACGACAGGUUUAUAAGCAUAAAAGGCCCAUAUUGGACAUGCACAGGUUUUGCACCUUUGACACUGAACAAAGCUACCGAGUUUUUUUGGUGAAGAAACAGUUUGCAAGUACCAAAUGUUUCUGUACCAUGUCUGAAGUACUGCAUUCUCAUCGAACAAUGAGCAGUUACUACCCAUGGAUUGGGUUGGAUCUUCACGAACCAUUUUAGAACGGAUUUAACAGAAGUAUUGCUUGCUGUUACAUUUUAGCAGGAAGCAAAAUAGCUUCACUGUCCACCAUACGUGCUGUUUUUUAAGAAAAGCUGCAGUGCUGGGUGUUGCUGCCGCCAAUUUUGACCAUUCUCUUGAGAACUGUUUGUGCAUGGCAGUUGACACGUGCACAUUUGUGAUGAAAUACAUACUUUUUAGAAAAACAGAAUCAACCUUGUCUUUUUGCU